GUGCCAUGGGCUGACUGAGACCGACCUCUGAACGGACAGCGCAGGGACGACCGGCGCCGGCACCGACGGCGGCCGAAACAGGCCAGACACCCAGCCGCCGUUACAGGAGGUCAGUCAGCAGACAGUAGUGGUCAGCGCGGUGUGAGCGGACGGCGCCGACCGGCCGGCCGGCCCCGUCCCCGCCCGGGGGCGUCCAUGAGCCUCCCUCUGCCGGCGUGCGACACCUGGACAAUGCCAGUGAACCUGACGGACGGGCCGGCGGGCGGUGACCGGUCGGCGGAGCGGUCAGAGGUCGUCCCACCGAUCGCCGCCGGCCCCGUCCGGCCCGAGGAGAUGGUCCUGGUGGCGUCCGCACUGGUCAUCUGGGUGGCCGCCAUCCUGCUCUGCGUGCACAGGUGGGGAAAGAUAAGAAUGCUGGAGCCAUAUCUUCCCGAUUAUAACGACCCAACGUCACAGAAGGGCGGUCUGCUGAUGGACGCCAGUCCGGCGCUGGCCUUCAGUCGGCUGCACUCGCCGCUGAUCCCCAUGGUGCACUGUCCGCACGGCCGCGGCAGCAUGGCCUGCCAGCACUCGCAGUCCACGUCGCGGCUGCUCUCGCACGCGCGCGACGCCUGCGCGCUGGCGGCCGCGCGCAAAACCCGCUCGGCCGACAGUCUGGUGACGCACACCAUACACGUGCACCCGCCCAACUCGCUGCUCUAGGGCUGAAAGGGGAGCUCCUGUGGGGCGGCAGGGGAGCUCUAGUAGGGCUGAAAGGGGGCUCCUGUGGGGCGGCAGGGGAGCUCUAGUGGGGCUGAAAGGGGAGCUCCUGUGGGGCGGCAGGGGAGCUCUAGUGGGGCUGAAGGGGAUUUCCAGUGGGGCGGCACGGGAACCGCGGCUAGUCGCUCCGGUAGGACGGCAAGGGGGCUCCAUGGGAGCGACUGCAUAUAGUGUAUCGUGUGCUUUAUAGCGAAGACGGCGGAUCGCCGGCCGUACUCGUAUUUAGUCCGUCAACUCGGCGAACCAUGGUGGUGCGGCGAGACGGGUGUAAAACCGUCACCAAAGGCCGGAUCGUGUAUACUUUUGUAAAAUAAUGACCACGCAGUGCAGUGACUAUACGAUAGCUGCAGCUUCGUCCUUGGUCGAGAGCCACUGGCCUUGUGUGGGUUGCAGAGAGGUGUCUCUCGUAUGUACGUGGUAUGUCUUCUGGAGGAGCCUGCCAGGGCCAGCUCAGUGCACGCCGCUGUCUAACGAGAGCGGCGUAACGUAUAUGUGUAUGGUCGAUGUGGGACAUGUGCGCAUUGAGAUAGCUUCGAUGCAGAAGCUCACGCAGAAAAGGACGACGGAUAUGACAUAUUUUGUGAGUAGCAUGUAUUGUAGGUAUAUUGUAUAGUUUGGUACCUAUAUUGGCUAUCCAUUAGAAUGCUAAUUAAAAAUAUGGAAGCUUACUAGUCUACCCGAAUACCUAUAGUUAUAUUAACAUGAGAUAUAAGUUGCACGAAAAUUAGGUCGAACUUACUUGUAAUAGGCAAAUGCAUAAUGAUAAUUAAACGUAACGCUUUCAGCUCUGGUAAUUGAUUGAUCUGCACAAUUUAUACGGCUCGCUUAUCUUAUCAGAUACGAAUAACAUUACCUGUCUUGGUGGUUUUCAG